AUUUAUAGCUUUGGUGGCCUAUCCUUUAACUAAAGGCAUUAGCGUACUAAACAUCUAAAUUUUAUCCUAAACAUAAUUGAAAGUUAAUUAUGGCUGGAUAUAAUAGCAAUGUACGUUUUCAAAGAUUAUGGCUUCCCUACAUGAAACAUCUUGAUUCCAGUAUUUGAACCUAGAAAAUGAUUAAUCUUCAUUAACCACCCCUUUAAAGCUCUUAUGCCUUUAAUAUGUUGCUAUUGAACUUGUUUCUAGCUACAGCUUUAUGAUUUCUGAGCAGUCCAUGAAAUGAGGAGUAGCUCUGAACUCCAAAAGAACAAAUGAAGUUUCUUGUAAUGAUUGAUUUUUUAAAACAGUCCAGGAGGUUGCACUAUGGCGGGGGCUCAAGAUCAAUUGCGGAAGCUCAAUGAGACAGUUACCAGGAUUAAGGUUGUGAUUCAAGACGCUGAGGAGCAGGCACAAAAACAGAACCAUCAAAUCGAAGACUGGCUCAUGAAGCUGUAUAUGAUGCAGAGGAUUUGCUGGACGAUUUCUCAACACAAGUUGUGCGGAAACAGUUGAUGCCUGGGAAAAGAGUAUCGAGGGAGGUACGCCUUUUUUUCUCAAGAUCAAACCAAUUUGUGUAUGGUUUACGGAUGGGUCAUAGAGUUAAAGCACUUAGAGAGAGACUAGAUGACAUUGAAACUGACAGUGAAAGAUUCAAGUUUGUGCCUCGUCAAGAGGAGGGAGCUUCAAUGACUCCUGUCAGGGAGCAAACAACCUCAUCUGAACCUGAAGUGAUAGUUGGGAGAGAGAGUGACAAAAAGGCAGUUAAAACGUUUAUGAUGAAUUCCAACUAUGAACAUAAUGUUUCUGUCAUCUCCGUAGUUGGAAUGGGAGGGUUGGGGAAGACCACACUAGCUCAACAUGUUUACAAUGAUGAGCAAGUUAAGGCGCACUUUGGUGUGAGACUCUGGGUAAGUGUCUCAGGCAGCUUAGAUGUUAGAAAGAUUAUCAAAGGGGCUGUAGGUAGAGAUUCAGAUGAUCAGUUAGAGAGUCUGAAAAAAGAGCUUGAAGGGAAAAUAGAAAAAAAGAAGUAUCUUCUUGUAUUGGAUGAUGUGUGGGAUGGUCACGAUGAUGGUGAAAAAUGGGAUAGUUUGAAGGAGUUGUUACCACGUGAUGCAGUAGGAAGUAAGAUAGUGGUUACUACACGUUCUCAUGUAAUUGCCAAAUUCACAAGCACAAUAGCACCACAUGUUUUAAAAGGUCUGUCUGUAGAUGAGUCAUGGGAACUGUUUAGAAGAAAGGCAUUUCCUCAAGGCCAGGAGUCGGGUCAUGUAGAUGAGAUAAUUAGAAAAGAGAUUGUAGGGAGGUGUGGUGGAGUUCCUUUGGUUGUAAAGGCAAUUGCGAGGUUAAUGUCUUUGAAAGAGAGAGCCCAGUGGUUGUCCUUUAUACUAGAUGAACUUCCGAAUAGCAUUAGAGAUGAUAACAUCAUACAGACCCUUAAGUUAAGCUAUGAUGCUCUUCCAUCAUUUAUGAAGCAUUGUUUUGCUUACUGUAGCUUAUUUCCCAAAGGUUAUAAGAUAGAUGUAAAAUAUUUGAUUCAACUUUGGAUUGCACAAGGGUUUGUUAGCACUUCAAAUUCAGGUCGUAGGUGUAUUGAGAUUGUUGGUCUCAAGUGCUUUGAGAGUUUACUAUGGAGGUCAUUCUUUCACGAAGUGGAAAAGGAUAGAUUUGGGAACAUAAAAAGUUGCAAAAUGCAUGAUUUUAUGCAUGAUCUUGCAACCCAUGUCGCUGGUUUUCAGAGCAUCAAAGUGGAGCGCCUAGGAAAUAGGAUUAGUGAAUUGACUCGGCACGUGUCAUUUGACACGGAAUUAGAUUUGUCUUUGCCUAGUGCACAACGUCUAAGAACACUUGUAUUAUUGCAAGGUGGAAAAUGGGAUGAGGGGUCAUGGGAGUCUAUUUUUCGAGACUUUUAGGUGUUUGCGUGUGCUUGUUUUGAGUCAUUUGAAAAUGAAGGAAGUGUCACCUCUCAUUCAAAAGCUCAAGCAUCUGAAAUAUCUUGAUCUUUCGGAUAAUUGGAUGAUCAAGGCGCUUCCUAAUUCUGUCACCAAUCUGGUAAAUUUGCAAGUGCUCAAGCUCAAUGGUUGCUAUAGACUUGAAGAACUACCUAGGGAUGUUGGUAAGCUAAUUAAUCUGAGGCAUCUUGAUUUAUGUAUGAAUUUAGAGUAUAUGCCUCGUGGGAUUGGGAAAUUAACUAGUCUACAGACGUUGUCAUGUUUUGUGGUUGCAAAAAAAAAGAGUUCUAAAUCUGAGAUGAUAGGUGGAUUGGAUGAGUUGAGAAUGUUAAAUGAAUUGAGAGGGAGCCUAGAAAUAAGAGUAAAGGGAUAUGAGGGUGGUUCUUGUGUAUCAGAAUUUGAAGGAGCUAAAUUGAUCGAUAAAGACUAUCUCCAGUCGUUGACCGUAC